AUGUCAAAAUAUUCUGAAAAUGAUUGGCAAACCGAAUUUGACGACUUUCCUACUCACCUCGCGUUAACGCUGCCAAGUAAAAUUAUAAAGCGUAUAGCUCAAUACCUAGACGUCCAACACGACCGCUUCAACUUUUGCCUUGUUAAUAAAAGAUGGACCCCCGCAGCUACAGAAAUCCUAUGGUCAGAACCCAUAUUUAAUACGCCGGAUUCUUUUCAUUCAUUCUGCCGUUCUGUUAGACAAUCAAGGUCAUGUGCUCUUAGAGUUCGCGUAUUAGAUUUAUGUGCACCAGAGGAUGAGCUCGUAAACUUUUUUGCACCUGUUUUAAAGUCGGAACGUCAAGAGCAUCAAAAGAUGCGUACUUAUGUGUUAUCAAAACCAAAUUCUAUCAUGAAUUUAGUUCGAUCAUGUGAGAAUUUAAAAAGUAUUAAAGUAUACGGAUGGAAUCUUAAUGAUAGCCAUAUACAAUCUUUAAUUCAAUAUUGUCAGGGACUCGAAGAAUUUCGCGUGGUAGGAAAUCAGAAUCUCACUCAGUUCACUAUCUAUUCGCUUAUAAAUUGUGUUCCUGACCUUCGUGUCCUCGAUCUGGAUGGAGUGUUUGUUUUCUCGGAUAAUUUCGCUGAGAUAUUGGCGACCAAAUGUUCUCAACUCACUUCACUCAAGCUGUGUACAGACAUGAUGUCCAUGCGUGGAUUCAAUAUUUUAGCCGAAAAAUUAACGCGUCUGAAAGAAUUAGUGCUACAAAAUUGUUUGCAAAUGUCAGAUGACAACGUCGAACAUUUUGUACGUAAUAAUUCUAGUUUACAGACAUUGCUUCUAUCCGGUGAUAAACUGUCUAUUAGAUCUUUCCAAGCUAUUAUUUCUUCGUUAGAAGAUUUGCGUCAUCUGGACUUGAGGUGUUUGAAAGAAAUGUCUCAUACCAUCAAAUGGGUUACACCACUUGGACAGAAAUUGCGUACGAUAUUGCUCGAAAACUUAUCAGUAGACGACGAUCUGAUUAAUAUUCUUUCGAAUAAUUGCAAACAUUUGGAAAUAUUCGGACUUUCUAAAUGCCCGUUCGUGACGGAUCGGUCGAUAGACAACAUUGCUGAGAACUCUGAAAAUUUGCGCAUCGUCAAUUUAAUCGAGUGUCGUAAGAUUACUGAUCAUUGCUUGAGAAUUUUGGCGAACAAAGCAUGUUAUACACUUGUUCAAUUGUUUGUCGAAUCAUGUGGAUCUUUCGAUCCAGCAGGAGUGCGCUGGUUUGUUUCUAAUACUUUUAAACUUGUAAGGAUUACAUUUUGCAAGAUGCCAUCAAUAGUGGAGUCUUUUGUCUAUCAGUUCUCUACUGAACAUUAUUCUGGUUCCGACGACUUUACCGGUAUAUGUACUAUCGAGGGUGAUAAUUUGAAGAGAUUGGCUCAAUAUAAUAAUCAAAAUUCACAUUCAGAAUCAGUCCAACAUCCGCAUGACAAAAAAUUAUCUGAGAUUAAUUCUUUCCAAAAUGUGCAUAACCUUUCUGAAAUUCAGAUAAAUGCAUUGGCUAUUGAAUUAGGUUUAUCUACUGAUGUAUUGGAUAGAGCAGUAAAAAAAGUUCUUGGUAGUGACCGUUCAUCAAAUUCAACUUCAGCAAUUGGCGAGGAUUUUGUUCAUAGCACCCAAGGCGGACUUGUUCACUCUCACAAAAUACGCCACGAAUCAUAUAAUUCAUCCAAGCCUGCGGGUAAUAUUAACCAUGAACAAUCGUAUUUUUCAUCCAACCAUAAAUAUGAACAUUCACACACGGACUCUCGAGAUUCUUCACGCCGCACGUCCAAAGAUUUUUACGAUAACUCGUUAAAUGAUCCCAUACCAUAUAUAAGUCGUCGUCAUACCAUAUCAUCAAUAAGCAGCAAUUUAUCUCAGCAAUUUCCUCCGGAAGCAUUGUCUUCUGUCAUUAAAAAAACGCAGAGCGGAUGGUCAUCGAUUAAUGUUAAACUCCCUAGCUUACAUCGAAAUUCUGUAGAUUCUGAGCGAGAAAGCUUUCCAAGCCAACAUUCUUCUAAUCAUUUGGAGUCAACAUCAUCAAUUCAGCCAAGGAUUACAAACACUGUUACCGAUGAUGCCUUUAGUAAAUAUGAAAUUAGUGGAAAUUGUGAAAACGAACAAAAUCAAGUUUCAAAGGAACAACCAUUUGAACGAUUAGAUCCAGUAAUACCGAAGAGACAAUUUGUUUUUGAACAAAGCACAUCUUUCCCUGUUUAUUCCGAACAAAACAGAGAAAAUACAUCACCUCAAACUUAUUCAGAACAGAGCUUAUCAACUCGAGAAUUACAACAUCAAAACGUAAAAUCACCUUCUAUGUCACCUGAACCUAUGUUGAUAGAAGAAGAUUCGCGCACAUUGCCAACUAAUAAUGAAGAGAUAGCACGUCCAUCGAGCGCUUUUUCUGAUCGUUCUGCAAAUUCACUUAUUGAUUUUUCACCUUCAUGGAACGGUAUGAAUACGCACUAUGAUUUGGGUGGAUGGGAAGAAUUAGGAAUUACCGCCGACGAAAGCGUAGAUCACACACAGCAUCAAUCAUUUGGACAAUCAUCAUCCUCUCGGCAGUUCGAAUGGAAUGGAAAUCAUUGGGGUUCUUCGGCUGAACCAGCGACAUAUCAUUCAGAUAAUCCGAGAGAAAAAAUUACAGAAAUAGUUGAUGAAAAUGAAAAUGAGGGAUACCAAUCGAAUAUGAUGAAUGGUAAAGGGAAUCAUAUUAUUGAGAAAAUUGAUAAAGGGAAAGCUCCAAGUGUUGUGACUAAUGAAGUGAUUCGCGCAACCGCUUCACCAAAUUUUAACAGAGACUUUUCGGACAGACAAUUCAACAAAAAAGAAUCAAAAAACGAUUUCACGUUUCAGAAAGUAAAAGAAAAUGAAUGGCCUAAAAUUUCUACCGAGAGUGCAUCUACGCGUCUUAAUGAAGAAGAAUGGCCAACACUUGGAGAAGUAGAAAAUAAAAAGAUUUCUCAGAGCGCAGAUGUAGAAUUUAAUGCUCAGAGUCAGGCGAGCAUAAAUUUUGCAUCUGUUUGGGGAAGUAACAAAAAAUGGUCAAGCGAUGCCGUUCCGCCAAAACCUGAACCUCCAACUCCUACUUGGGACCCAAAUGAAGUUAAUAAUUUGACUAUCCAAGAAGCAAAAGCCCCAAUUUAUUUCAAGAAAAAACAUACACCAGCCGUUAAUUUUGAUCUCGAUGAUUGUGAGGGCUGGGGUGCACCUCCUACUAAAUGUAUCCCUUGGAACGAUUCUCGCCAAGGAUAUUGCAUCGAAUUAAUAGAAGAACAAAAGGAAACUACAUUCUGGUCAUUGCAAAAUGGGAGUUGGGUAAAUGUUAGCGAAGAGAAUCAAAUAACGGAACAAAUAUCUGAAUAUUCCUCUGAUGGUAGUAAACUCACUGACGUGAGACAACUGACAAGGACUCGUUUUGGACGCCAAGGGAUUCAAUCCCGAUCCUUCGAUAUUUCUUCUUUGGAUGAGCCAGUUGUAAACGAAAGCGAAGAACGUGGUUUGACAAUGUCUAACCCAGGAGAAAUUGGGAAUGUUGUUAUUGAAUUAACGGAUAGUUCGGAUAAUGAAACUCUAAAAGAUAAAAAGGGUCAUUUAAAUUAUGAAGCACCAGCUAUUAAAGAAUCUCACGAACGCCUUGGUAAUCCCCAAUGGAUACCUAAACUUGAGUGGCUUCAAAAUGAAAAUUACAUAGACUAUCCUAAACUUGAAAAAGGUGGUGAUCUGAUUAAUUUCGAUUUACCAGACAUCUCUGAUUCCAAAAGUUCAUCAGAUGAUUCGGAUGAGCCUUUGUCAUCAACUCCUAAUAGGGACGAAGAUGAUAAGAUAACUAGGAAACCUGAUUCUCAUUCUGAAUGGGAUAAUCCAUUAAAUUUAUCUGGAAAGGAAAUAAAUAUAGAUUUAACAUUUGAUGAUGAUAUUCCGAUGGAAGAUACAGGGCUUGAAAAUGAUUCUUGGUUUGUGAAUGAUGUUAUUGAUACGACUCUGAAUGAGCAAAAACGUAGAGAUGGAAUUAUAAAAGAAGCUGAAUCAGAUCUUUUGAUUGAUCUUAAUUAUAGCCAGGAUCAGGAAUCAAAAUCCAAUGAAAAUAAUAAUUCGAAUUUUUUUGGUACUAUCAAUAAAGAUAUUGCUGAAUUGAAUGAUUCAUUAUAUGAUUCUGCUUCAUAUUCCACAAUAUCGCCGAUGAAUCAUGACUUAAUGAAUGAUUUCAUGGAUCUUUAUUAUUUUAAUAAAAAUGAAAGUAACAACACUUUAAUGUCAGUAAGCAAUGACAAUCGUCCACAUUCAUCUCAAGUGAAUGGUAAUCAUAGAUACUUGGCUGAAACGGUUUCGAAUAAACGUUCGGAAACCAAUGGUUCAAUUGUGGAAAACAUGACGAAUACCAAAGUUGCUUUUCAAACUGAUGACAUAAAAUCGAAUGGCUCUACGCAUGACAUAUCAAAUGAUUCCCCCGAAACUAACUUAACUUCUCCAAUUGCUAUAUACGAUAAAGGAAAUCAGUCUACACGUACAGUUGUAGAUGACCAAGAAGAAAUAUCUCUGUCAGCUCUACAGUCAUCUGAUAGCACAUAUACAAUGUCUAACGGUAGAGACCCAAGUUAUAAUCUUAACGGAGAAGAUAGCAAAUUUAGUAUCUUCGUUGAGACUCCAGUAUAUGGGCGUAGACCUUUGGAAAUGAGCGUGGAUGAAGAUGCCGAUACCGUUGCUGCUAAUUUUUGUCGUACAUGGCAAAUGUUAGAAUACCAGGAAGUUUUGAAAGGACUUAUAUUGAAGGCAUUAAGAAAAAAAUUGCGUCGAAGACAACGAUUAUCAAAACAAUCAAAUAACCAUGAUGCGGGAAGUAAAAAAGGUUUUAUAUAUGUUGUGCCUUAG